AUGGCUAUUGUGUUACGUUACGUGAAGAAUGGAAGUGUCAUUGAACGUUUUCUUGGUAUGGUACAUGUUACCGAUACAACUACUCUCUCACUCAAGAUGGCGAUUGAUAAUGUAUUUUCUACACAUGGAUUGAGCAUUUCUAGAUUGCGUGGGCAAGGCUAUGAUGGGGCUAGCAAUAUGCAAGGUGAGUUCAACGGUCUCAAAACGCUUAUUCUAAAAGAGAAUGAAUUUGCUUUUUAUGUUCAUUGUUUUGCUCACCAACUUCAGUUAGCUCUUGUUGCUGUGGCAAAGAAUCAUGGCCAGAUUUCCAUUUUUUCUAUAUUUAUUGCUAAUGUGGUGAAUAUAGUUGGAGCCUCAUGUAAACGUCAUGAUAUGCUUCGCGAGAAACAAAUUGCUGAAGUUAUUGAUGGACUUAACAAAGGCGAGCUCAGAAAUAUGCAACUUCAAGAGCUAAAUAAUCGUUUCAAUAAAGCCAAUACUGAGUUAGUUCUUUGUGUGGCAUGUCUAUGUCCAGAUGAUGCAUUCUUUGCUUUUGACAAGCAAAAGAUCACUCGUUUUGCUGAAUACUAUCCAAAAGAAUUUUCUGCAGCCAAGCUCAUAGAACUUGGUUGUCAACUUGAAACUUAUAUUCUUGAUGUGUGCUUUAAUAUCAGGUUUGAAGGAUUGAAAGGGAUUUUCGCUCUUGCAAAAAAAAUGGUUGAAACAAAAAAAGACAAGGUGUAUCCAUUGGUGUAUCUACUUGUGACAUUGGCAUUAAUCUUACCAGUCGUUACUGCCACGGUGGAGAGGGCAUUUUCUACUAUGAAUAUUGUAAAGAAUGAAUUGCGUAAUCGGAUAGGAGAUUAA